AUGUCUGCUGUCAUUAAAAUGGUGUUGAGGAAAGAGGCUAUGCCUCUUAGGAAGCUUCUCCUGCAGCAGGUAACUGCAGCUGUGAAAAUUGUUUGUACAUAUGAGUCACUGAAAUAACCUGAAAAUGACAAAAGUAAUAAUAAAUAUAAAUGUCUGUGUAUGUAUACAGUAUCUCACAAAAGUCAGUACACCCCUAAUUUUUCUGCCAAUAUUUCAUGAUAUCUUUUCAUGGGAUAACACUAAACGAUAUGACACUUUGAUACCAUGUUCAAUAGUCAGUGUACAGCUUGUGUAACAGCGUACAUUUACUGUCCCUUCAAAAUAACUGAACACAGAGCCAUUAAUGUGUACAACCAUGGCAACAAAAGUGAGCACACCACUAAGUGAAAAUGUCCAAAUCAGGUCCAAAGUGUCAAUAUUUUGAGUGGCCACAAACACCGCCUUACCCCAUGAUGUUGGGGAGGUAAAAUAGCUAAUUGGGCCUGAUUUGGACACUUUCACUUAGUGGUGUACUCACUUUUGUUGCCAGGGUUGUACACAUUAAUGGCUCUGUGUUAAGUUGUUUUGAGGGGACAGUAAAUUUACACUGUUACACAAGCUGUACACUGACUGCUGUACAUGGAAUCAAAGUGUCAUCUUUUUAGUGUUAUCCCAUGAAAAGAUAUAAUUAAAUAUAUGCAGAAAUGUGAGGGGCGUACUCACUUUUGUGAGAUACUGCAUGCUUAAUAGCAUUUACAUAAUGUAUGAAUCAUGAUGACACAACACUUGAAUUAAUGCAGGUGUGUCAUUGAUGCUGGUUUCUCACUUUACACAAAUGAGCCUGUCACUUUGAAUUCAUGUGAUUAGUUCACACUCAAUCGAUCGUUGAAUGAUGCUGAUUUAAGGUAAAUUCAUACAUACAUUGAUGUGACUAAAUCAGCAUGAUAUCAAAUUUUCACUUGGGGAUCAAUAAAGUUCCUCUUAUCUUUCUCAUUCAUUUUUGCUUACUUUUGCAACAUAUAUCUGCUCAGCCCCUCUGAUUUAAAUGAGACUGUGGUGUUUUUUAGAGUCGUACAAUAAAUACAAUCAUAGAAUCAUACAAUCAAUCAUACAAUCACAGUCAUACAAUAAAGGUGUUCCCUUACCUUUUACAGGACCAGUCCAACCUCAAGGUCUCCUUGUGGAGGGAGUCAGCCGUGGAGCCCCUGAUUGUGGGUGAGACUGUUCGGCUCACUCACAUGAAGCUCCAAAAAAAUGAAUAUGGGCUCCAGGUGAACUCCACCCACUACACAAAAAUUGAGGUAAUUUGUUGUUUUCAUUGUUUUCAAGUAAAUGCACUGACUCAAUUUUUUUCUCCUAUCUUUACAGAAUCACAAUAAAUUAACUAGGUUUAAUAACUAUUUAAUUAAUCAAAAAAUGAUUUAAAGAUGACCACACACAGACAAAAUUGUUGGAACCCUUAUGUUAAAGACAGACUAACCUACAUACAGUUGCACGAAAAAGUAUUUGCCCCUUUCUGCUUUCUUUUACUUUUUGCAUAUUUAAGUCAAAUAUAGCUACAGUAAAUAUAACAUGCAGUUUAUAAAUGAUUUUAUUUAAGGGGAAAAUAAAGUAAUCUAUACCUACCUGCCCCUAUGUAAAAAAGUAAUUGUCCCCUCUAGUUGAAUCACAAAUUUUUCCUUAAACAAAAUGAGUUAAAUUCCAAUAAUAAUACCCAGACCUGAUUAGCGCUUGACCUGAUGAAUCAAGAGAUCACUUUGACAGAACCUGUCUGAACUGGAGGAGUGUAAAAGAUAUAUAUAAAAAAAGAAAAGAAGCACAACGUGUUACGGACAAAAAAAGAAAAAGAAAAUUCUAGAUCAAAUGACAAACAAAAUGACUGACAUCUACCAGUCUCUACCAGUCUCCUCAACACCUCAAAGACAAAGGAGAUGGUCAUAGACUUCCGUAGAUCCUAACUCCCUCUUUAUAUAUAUAUAUAUAUAUAUUUUUUUUUUUGCGUCCUUCUUGAGAGUUUUUAGCUGUGAUUUUGAUCAUUGUCCUUUUUGAGGACCACGGAUGACAAAAGACAAAAUACUGGACUAUUCUGAGGUGGUUUCCCAAGUUCUGAUCUAAAUACUAUUGAACGUCUGUGGAAGGAGCCGAAACAUGCAGUCUGGAGAUGACACCCUUCAAACGUGACACCACUGGAACAGUUUGCUCAAUAGGAGUGGACCUUAACACCUAUGGACAGGUGCACAGGUCUCUCUGAGAGUAACAGCAAUCACUUGAUUGCAGUAAUUGCCUCAAAAGGUUGUGCAACAUAGUAUACAGUUAAAGUUACCAUCCAUUUUGUCCAUGCCAGUUUUGUUAAAAAAGUUUUCUUGAUUUUUAAGUGUGUUUAAAUGUGUCAGUUUCAUACAUUUACAUUUUAAAAAGUACUUCUGUUAAACCAAAAUUCAAAUCCAAUGUCACAAUUUCAUUACUUAAUUUUCUGUUUAUUAUAUUUCAUUCUUACUUCUGUUCAUUUCAAGUCAUUUCUGUGAGCUUUGUUGCUUUAGUUUUCUUUAACAGAUAGGUACCAACGAUUCUGUCUGCCUGUGUAUAGCCAUCUCAUUGAGGGGCACUGAAUUAAUGGCGGGGACAAUUUCUGUGGGUGGAAGUUUUGUAUUGACACUUUUGUACCCGGUCUCACAUCUGACCCACUUCCUCAAGUGCCAGGAUGGGCAGGGCUUCAGGACAACAAUACUCACAAUGUUAAGAAAUACUGGGCCAUUGUUACAGAAAAUACAACUUAUUCCAAAUGAUCUAAUUCCUUACCUGUGUUUGCUUAAUUUGUCUACAGAAGCAGCAGAUGAGCCAGCACCUCCACAUUGUUGGUGUCCUCAAGGAGGGAGGGGCCACAUCCAGCAGCGGCCCCCAUGAGGGAUCUUACGAGGUGCUUUUGGAGAGUGGGGAGACUCUCCAAAUUUCAAAGGCCUUGUGGGAGCCAUCAUCUGAUGAGGCCAUACAGGAGGGCGCCCUCAAAGUUAAAGCCACUGUGAAGGGAAAAAAUAUUACAACAAUGUCAGUUUUGUAA